GAGAACAUCAGUGCGAACGUUUUUUGUCAAUCUCAUUCCAGCGAAGAUGCAUCAAUCGAUUGUGAAAAUCUUCCACCGCCCAAAGUAACAUUUGACCCAGAACGAGGGAUAAAAAUUGUGGUGCAGUACUAUGGUGAUGAAAAUGGAGACCUGAUCAAGGAAAUAAAGGAGAGUCGAAUAGAAAAGCGGCUGGUAGCUUCACAAAUUGCAGAACGAAAAAAAUGGCAAAAAUACGGUCAGGCUAAAGAUGAUCCUCCGGGAGGCAACUCGGCCAAUACUUAUCCCGGUGAGGUGGUCACCAUGCAACUCGUACAAGCCAGACAACCCGAACAAGAACAAGAGCGUCAAGAGAAUGAGGAGAUUCGGACCAAAGUACGAGUGCAAGCCGCCAGAUGUCGCUACUGUAAGGGUAGCCACUUUACACACAAGUGUCCGAACAAGAGCGAUAUGGAAGCUAUGCAAGCGCUACGUGAGAAACUCAAGGGUCAGGCCGAGAAUGCAGAGGAUGGGACCGAAAAACCAGUAAGCUCAUAUUCCCGUUGUCUGCCCCUCCCCGAACCGGUGGUAUCAACUGGUCGUUAUCUGCCACCGCAACUCCGUGGUGCUGCGGGUGUCUCGUCAAUCCUUGGAGGUUCAGGUAGUGGCACUGGAGAGAAGCGUCAACUCGAGGGCUACACAAUCCGAGUAACCAAUCUACCGAGUGAAACGACAGGAGACGAUCUGAAACGCAUCUUCAGUUCCUUCGGCCACGUGACUCGAAUUUUCCCGGCCAAAGAUAAACACACUCAACAGAAUCGCGGCUUUGCGUUCAUCUCAUAUUCGAAAUACGAGGAAGCCACAGCUGCAAUUUACGGAGUCAAUGGAUUACGCCACAAUCACGUGGUUCUCAAGGUGGAUUGGGCUAAGUGA